UGCAACAAAUUAAUGAAUAUUCAUCCAAGGGAGAUAACUAGGCUAUAGGAGGCUUCACACCAGGUCAGGUUCUGACUCCAAACAAGAGCAGGUCGGAGGAGGCUGUCAGUUUCCUGCGUUUCAAAAGUGCAGGUGAAGGACUGCGGACUGUUGUCUGUCACGGGAGCUCCGAAUCCUGGAAGCUGGCUGGCUUGGGCUGCCACUAUCCAAUGGCUCCUGCGGCGUUGACGGGACUCCUCCCUCUCUGUGCGUGUCUCCUGCUGGCACCCGGCUGUGCCCAGGCGGGCAAGCUGCUGGUGGUCCCCAUGGAUGGGAGCCACUGGCUGACCAUGCGUCCUGCUGUGGAGAGUCUGGCCCUCCGAGGGCAUGAGGUGGUCAUGGUCAAGCCACAGGUGAACCAGAACCUGGAAGUCUCGGCCAAAUGCACAGUGAAGACUUACUCCACAUCGUACUCUCUGGAGGAUGAGCGCCAUCAGUUCAAGGGUUUCGCUGACUCCCGGUGGAAAACUCGGGCAAGCCAUUUAUUUUCCCUGCUGAUGGUUCCGUCUAACCAUAGUCUUGACUACUUGUUUUCACGCUGUAGGAGCUUGUUCAAUGACAGAAAAUUGGUGAAAUUCAUAGAAGACAGUUCCUUUGAUGCGGUGUUCCUAGAUCCUUUUGAUCUGUGUGGCUUAAUUGUAGCCAAGUACUUCUCCCUGCCGUCUGUGGCCUUCACCAGGGGGCUGUUCUGCCACUUUCUGGAAGAGGGCUCCCAGUGCCCCAGCCCCCCCUCCUACGUUCCUCGAAGCCAACUGGAGUUUUCCGACACCAUGACCUUCUGGGAGAGGGUGUGGAACCACAUCACCCACGUGGAGGAACGACUACUUUGUCACAAUUUUAUCAAAACCGGGUUAGAAGUGGCCUCCGAGAUCCUCCAGACCACCGUGACGGCUUAUGACCUCUUCGGCCCCGUGUCCAUCUGGUUGCUGCGCACCGACUUCACCCUGGACAAUCCCAAACCCGUGAUGCCCAACAUGGUGUUUGUCGGCGGCAUCAACUGCCUCCCGGGAAAGCCGCUGUCUCCGGUGAGUGGCCAAGGCGGGGAGGAGAGACGCCUUCUGUAG